GUUGUGUGUGAUAACACGAAAUGAAUUUUUAGACCGAACAUUUCCAUCGAUCGCCAUUAACUACAUACUUAUAAAAUGGAUAAUUUUAUUUUCACGAGUAAAGUAAUGUAUUCGAAGAGUUUCAGUGUAAUUUUACAAUCUGUGAUCUUAAAAAAAGCUGACUACAGAGGAGUCGAACAUUUCAAGUCCCUAACCUUAAAAAAAUCCUAACCUAAAAAUCAUGGAAAAAAGUUACUUACAAAAUUGCCACAACCAUGCCCAAUUCCAGUCGGUUUCAUAAACUCCUAACUGUUUUCGUAGUUUUCAUCAAUUGUAAGGUUUAAUUGCCACAAAAGUUAUAAUGAUUAUAUUACAACAAUUUGUCUGUUUACAGGCAAAGUUCGCAUAGAGACGAUGCAACUGUACAUACAUCCCGAAAGUGCAUUUCUUGUCAUCGCACACAAUACUAACUAAGAUUUCCCGUUUUUAGGACAUUGUUUAUUUAAUAGUUAAUUUAUUUGAGUAAUUGAGUGAUCUAUCAAAUACCACGCAUUAUCCAAUUGUAAAUAUUUGCAUUUAUGUUCAUAUUCCUUUGUUGUGUUGCUAUGUUGUCCAUAUGACAUUUAAUUUUGCAUCACUGCAUAAUUCCUAUUAUUUAGCUUAUUUCUUUAAGCUAUGUGCCAAAUUUCAAGUUAUCGCCUGGAUAGACUAACAGACAGACACACAGACAGUCGGACAAAGUAGGCUAAUAAGCCCUGUCUUGGGUUAAAAAAUUUUCCUACAGAGAGUUAGUUAAACUGUGAUAUUGUCAGGAGGCUUUUAAAAUCUAUAAUUUUUGCUGUACUUGUUUCUGGAUUUGUUUAUGGCGUAAAAAUUUUGAAGAAAGGGCAUUGUAAAAUAACAUGUCCUAAGAGAGAUCGAUGUAAGGCACGUUAGAUAAAUAAUGCCAUCGUUUGUAAGAAGUUUGGUCUACACACGCCACGAAUUUGUAUAGGUACACAGGCUAAAAGGUAUAUAAUCGUACUUUACUAAUUAAAACUUGUCGGUGGACUUUCACGAACGACGCUAUUUUUGUAAAUUGGGAGUAAAUACUUAUCUCAGUAUUUGUCCAUAAGAUGAUAAAUUAAUGCUCAAACAGGUUGAAAAUAUGUAUUCCGUUCGGUAGUCCAACCUGCUGUGACAUGUGAGGUCUAAAGGGUUUACAUAAAUUUUAAAUAUUUUAGCAAAUGGGACCUAAAUAUAUUGAUUUGCAGAGAUGGUUGUAACGUACUUAAGUAAAAAAAAAUUUAGUUGGAUAUGUACAUGCAUUACGCGUCUAGUUUUCACUUCAUGUAAAAAAAUAGGUUUUAUGUAUAUCGACCCGUUCAGUAAAGUCACAACGGAGGUAUAUGUAAAGAAAUUUCUCCAAACCAAACUUUUCAAUUUUAUCCAGUCAAUAUGCCAUCCAAUUCUUUACUAGGGUAACCAAUACAUAUUUGUAGUAGUAUGUAAAAUACGCUAAAAAUACGCCAAGUAUUUAUUAAGAAUUGUACACAUAUUUAGGUUAGUAUUACGUACACACCAUAUUUUAUGGUUGGAAGGUUUAUUUGUGUAGGUUUGUUAGAUGUGUUUUAGGUUUAUAAAAGGAAAUUAUUUGGGAAACAUUACAGUGGAUGAGCAACUUAACUGCCUCAAUAAUUAUUUCCUAACAUUGCUGCAUGCCCAUAUAUUUACAUACUUGUCAUGGUCCAAUUGAUUAGUUCCUUAUGAUAUUUCUACAAUUCAAUAAGAUAACAAAACUUUCCACCCAUUUUAUGAGCCUUCUAGUACUUCUGUGUUUUUCAAGAUUCCUCCGCACAUCUAAUGGGACCCAGGUACUGCCCGUAUUUAACGUCUUGUUGAAGAAUCUGGUGUUAUGUGAUGUUCAAAUAAUACACAUUGCGCCCAAGAGAAGCAUAGACUGGUUCAAUAUCAAAAUUCCUGUGAAGAUCGUAGAAAAAAGUGACAACUCGCGUAGAGCUGUGCGCUUUCUGAUAGACAUAUUCAAAUCACGAUCAGCUUUGCAUUGUAAAUUCGUUAUUUUUAUUUCACCGUUUUCUCUGAACCCGAGGGAACGUGAAUGGACGAAAAAAUUGGAGGAAUGGUUCCAAACAGCGCAUGAUGGGCACUUACGUUUUUUCUCUGGAGAGGGUUUUGGUAAAUAUCCCAUACUUAUUAGAUGUAGAAAUUCCGUGAUGACGUUUCUUGCUCCGAAAACUGUGGGAGACAAAUACGAUCGGUUUUAUUUUUGGGCUGGUAGAUAUUUUACAUUCAGUGUUCUCUUCAUUUCAAUCAGGAAUAAACUCAAAGUUUGCUUCUGGUUCGAAAAUGGAACAAAUGAAGCCAAUCUGGAAUAUCAUCUAAAACGGGCGUUGUUAUUAGAUUUGGAUAAACGUUUGAAUCUCAACAGAUACAGUGUUUUUCAACUUACUAAGGGUUACGCGAUACGGACAACUGAAUGGUGCUAUCGACACGAUACCAGUUCUAGCAAAGCUUACUUGGAGUUUGAUACAUUGCGAGAAAAUCAUAAUAAUCCGUUCGACCUGAAGAUUUAUAAGCCACCGCAGCAAAUUAUUCUAGGGAUAGUUUUCAAUAAAGCAAACGAAACAAUUGUUUUUAAGCCUUGCGGCAAACACGACGCCAGACUGGUUGAUGACUACAGCAGCGGAACACAUUUUGAUACAGCACUAGUCGUAACAACUCAUGAUCGUGUUUUUGAAUUCGUAACCUGUUAUCGGGAGGAAUACAUUACUUUUAAAUUUUAUGUUACACCCUUUAAAAAAUAUUUAUGGCUAUCAAUACUAAUUUCGGUAAUAGCAAUUAUUGUGACUACGAAAGCCCAUGCACACUAUGUUGAAAUCCCUAACACAUCACCAUGUUUUUGGCUGUUUGUUCUUGCCACCAUUUUAGAAGAAUGUGGCUACCUACCUAGUAAAAUUGAACGACAUUCAUUUAUUCGUCUAGUUCUUGGCUUCUGGUGUUUAAUGUCAGUCAUUCUUACCAAUUGCUACAAUGGAAUAAUGAUAUCUGACCUUAACGCUCCGCGGGAAUCAUCUCGGCUUACCUUAUUUGACAACCUACUUUGUGAGAGACUAACAAAGGCCGAUGCAUUGAAGAUAUACAAGCCGAUGUGGGAUAAUAUGGUUAGACCCCCAUCCAUGUUGAUUAGGCCGGGAGAAACCCUACCAAAAUAUGGAUAUGAUCGAAUUGCUUGGUAUAUUAGAAUAUUAAUGUAAAUGCCAACAACUUUUCUACCCUAUUCCCAUAGAUGGAGAGGGCAUAUAGACUAUGGCGAAUUUGAAAACCCAUUGGCUUCAACAAAAUGUUUCCACUUACUGUCCCUUCCUACACUAUAUGACUCAGGGUACCCCAACAUUCCUGAAUUUUUAGAGUACUUAGUAGAUUCUGUUUUGACUCAAAUAGUAGGAUUGAGGUAUUCUGUGGCAUCUGUUGGUGCGCAUUAUUGGGCCCAAGCUAUGGAUCUGCAAGUGCUAAAUUUAUUUGAUCCAAUUUACACUCAUCAUUCCAAAGGUUUUAACUACUCAAAUCCUAACGAGACAUUCGUAAAGUUACAAAGAAAUGUAGAAACUGAAUUAUUACAGUGCAGGAAGUCAGUCUUUAUUUCAACUUCAGAUAUAAUUGGCGCAGAACUGGCUUUCCUUUCUAAGUAUUAUAGCGCAAAAAGGUUCUAUAAAGGGAAAGAAACCUUUGCUACACGUAGUUAUCGAUGGUUAAUUGUGCAGCCGGGUUGGUCCAACGUACCGUACUUCUUCGAGGGUGUUGUAGAGAGUGGAAUAUAUCGACGACUGCAAUUGGAAGAAAUACACCAGAAAAAUUUACGUCGAAAACCUGUUAGAAAGGAGCAGGAUAAAGGAUCACUUGCGCUUGAUGGAGCAAUCUUGACACUAUUCAUUCUCUGUGGAGGAACCAUUUCCUCAUCAAGUCUAGUUUUUAUAGGGGAAAUUCGUCAAAGAAUUGUUGCAGUUAUUUUGAAGCCGUUAUUUUUCUUUGGAAAUCAAGUGUUACAUAUUUACUAUAAAUGUAGAGUUUUUUACAAGGUACUACGUUUAGCAAUUGAGUAUGUAAAUACGCAUAACUAGUCCACACAUUUUCUUAUUUGAUAUAUAUAUACUGAUUAACUUGAACUUAGGAUUAGUUACAUAGUCCUUACUUAAUCCUUAGCUACCUCAAAAUUAGGCUAUUAUUAGGCACAAUAAUUAACUAAAUUUGGUAGGUAUUUAGAUAACAUGUAAAGUAGUAAAAAUAUAAUUAAAAUAUUUAUGAUUCAACUCGGUAUGAUUUAACUUCGCACUUGGAAGUCUGUAAGACUGUAGGAUAACCGUCUGUCACCAAAUGGACGUAAAUUCUUUUGAAACGUUUAAUGGUGAAAACGACAGAGAUCAAUCCAAAUAAAAAUAUUCAAGCACUUCCUUCCCAAAAACAAAUAAUUAUGUAUGUCUAAUAGAUUCUGCAUAAAUAAAUAUAAGCGGUAGUCUUAGUUAAAGAUCAUGUAGAUUAUAAUCGAUUACGAUUAUAAUCCGGAACUGUGAGUGGACAGAUCAUCUCUCCCGAUCAAUUACAUAACUGAUUUAUUUUUGGCAACAACAAAAAUAUGUAGUCACCCGAUCUACAAUUUUUGUUGCAAAGUGGUAGCAAAAUGGUAGCAACUUGAAACAAAUAACGGUGGCAAAAUAUUUGUUAUUUUAACGUGAUUCCACAGUAUGAAAAAUUACUGUUAACUCUUCAAACCAUUCUGCUACAUAAAAAUAACAGUAAAAUUCACGCAACUUUUCAUGAAAAUUUCAACGAGAAAAGUUGCGUGGAUUUCAACCAAAUAACAACCGUGGUAUUCACCAAAACAUGGCACGAAAAAACAACGCAGAUUUAACCUGGAAUGGUAACAAAGAGAAUGCGCGGAAUCCAAAGUUUUUGCCUCCACUCCAUCUUUCUCUCUCACAAAGUCAGUUCAAUUAAUUUUAUUUCCAAAAUGUCAUCCCUCCCAGUCAAUAAAUUUUGUAUUAUACAGAUUGACUGUAACGGCGAAAAAUUUGUAGAAAUAGCUCCCACGAUUUGGCUGGAAGAGGAGGAAAAGUUCGUGUUGUGGCCACCAGCUUCUAAACUGAAAAGUUUCAGUAAAAAGGGAAAUGUAUAUCCCCUCCCAUCCUGGAGGAGACAGACGUAUCAGAAAAUCCUUGGAAAAUAUGGUGAAUAUCAUCGAUUUAGUUCAAUUAUUAAAGUAAUGUAAUUGAUUAUAUAAUUUAAAUAAAAAUAAUCUCAAUUGCAGAUACUUGGAAAGUAGCUUGUGAGAAGGUUAAGAUUGCGGAGGACACUUCCAAUCUUGAGAGUGCGUCAGAGAAUCAUUUGAAAGGCCGAAAGCAGAAACAUAAUCGAGAAUUGUCGCACCCGAACGUGUCAUUAAGCAGCAGCGAGGACGAGAAUUCCAUUCUAGUUUUACCUCCUCCCAUGAACGAUGAAGGAAGCACUGAAGUACAACUAUCAACUCAAAUUAACGACAACAUUCCUUCAAUAAAUCUACCAGAAGUAGUCAACUUGGAAGGAGAAGACAUUGGCGUGCUUUUGGCCAAUGCCAGCUUCAGCAGUUAUAAAUGAUUUAAAGAAAUUAAUUGAAGGCAAAUCUUUGCUUAGUUUUUACAGUUUUUAUCAUGUUAAACAUUUAAUACCAAAAUAAUGUAAUUUUUGUCGCAGGUUAUAAUAAAAGAAUUAUCAAAAUUCUUGAGCGCCAAAACGCAGAAAUUCUAGAGAUAAGAGCAACCCUACAUAAUAUCCGAAUAUCGAACGACGGGGAAGUUGAAGCUGAUUUUUCAUCUAUUCCACAUCAUCAUCUGGAGACGAGAGAACACCUUGAACAGACUGAAAAUUGGCUGAAAUUUGCCGACGCAAAUCGAGAUUUAUUGAUUGAAUACCUAAGAAUAAAAGGAGGCGAUACUGUUGAGAAAAAUACGAAAAGGGCGUUUAAAAAAUUAGUCAGCCCUGAACUUGCUCGACAAAUAAAUUACACUGGAAAGGGAGGAAAAAUUACUUUAAAACCUUUGGGAAUUUUCUCGGUUGUAAUUGAAAGUGUGAGAAAAAAUUAUCCUGCUGCAACGGACAACAUAAUUGAAAAAGCAGCAAAAGAUUUCUUCCGUUUUAUAAAAGUGUAAUAUCGUCAUGGCGUGUCAACCCGGAUUUUCAGCAAGAAAUAUAAGAAAAAUAGUUUCAAAGAAAGUACGUGAAAAUAUUGCAGAAUUACAUGAAGAACUAACGUCGUCUACACAACAUAGUAAUAGUACAGUGUUUUGUCAAAAUUAAUAAUAAUAAUAAUUAAUAAUAAUAAUUAUAGCUCAGGGACUGAAUCAAGUGAUGUUAGCGAUAGCGAUAUCAGUUUAAUUAGUCGUGUAACCUCGGACUGCAGUCAGGAAGGAGAAGGAUAAGGAUAAUUGAGAUAAUUGUGAUAAGGAUAAUUGAGAAAGAAAAUGUUCUCUUGUCUCAACCUGUGUCUACUUCUACCUCGUUUAAACUAACCCGUAAUGACAAUUGUUAUAAGUUUAAAUCAGGGUUUAUUGUUGUUGUAUCAGAAUACAUUGAAGAUAGUGAAGUCAUAGUAUGUAAGAAAUUCAAAAAGCUUGAAGACCUGUACAAAUAUCCCAGUUCCAGUUCUAUUUUAGGCAUACAUCAGGUUUCAAAAAUAUCAGAGUUUUAGAGUAAAUGUAAGCCAAGUUGAAGCAAAAUGUUGGUUGAUGUCAUUGGAUGAAAAAUUAAUUGUUGUUCCUUUAAUAAAUUGUUAGUAUAAAUAAUAUAAUAUAAAUUGUUAAUAAAUUGCGAUUUUAUUUCCAA